AUGGAGCAGGUCGAGCUUGAGCACGCCAUUGUCGAGGAGAUCAGAUCAGCUGGGAAGGUUGCAAACUCGAGAGCGUUCGCCGAAAGACUCAAGGUGAACCAUGAGGAGCUGGUCGCCGCGCUAAACUCCAUGUAUCGUCGCGAUCUGGUUACACUGACGCAGCUGGAGCCUGAGGUAGUGCUCAGACUCACUGCGGAAGGUGCGCUCUACGCCCAGCACGGCACACCAGAGUGGUGUCUUCGCGAAGCGCUCGAGCGCCGAGGUCCAACGCCAGUGUCCGAACUCGACACCUUGCUGGAAGAGUUCUGGAGACAAACUAGUCCGAAUAAUGCCUUGGAUAGCUCCAAGCUGGCCAAGAUCGGAAUGCAACAGGGUCUCAAGCUGGGUCUCUUUGAGCUUGACAAGCGCGUCCGACCUCCGUGCGUGGCCUGUGUGGGCUCCUCCGAUUCCGAGGCUGUACACAAGCUGCAAAUGCUCCAGAAAAGCCUACGGGCGCUCCAUAGCGGCGCACUGACCGCGCUUUCCGGGGAUCAUGCGCUGGAUGCUGCUCUGGUGGAUGAGAUCUUGCGAAGGAACCUGGCGACCCGAAACAAGCUGAAGGUGUUCGCGGCAUCCGCGGGACCCCGCUUCGAACAUGCCCUUGUAGAGCAGUUGGCGGAUCUGACUCGCGAGAUGCUCCUAUCAGAGUCGUGGAGAAAUGCGACGUUCAAGGAGUUCAACUUCGAGGCGGCGGGCGUGGCGCCCGUGGACGGCGGCCGACUUCACCCUCUGCUCAAAGUGCGCGAGGAGUUCCGCCUUAUCUUCUUGGAAAUGGGCUUUACGGAAAUGCCGAGCAAUCAGUAUGUGGAAUCUUCGUUCUGGAAUUUUGAUGCCUUGUUUCAGCCGCAACAGCAUCCCGCACGCGACGCCCACGACACGUUCUUCCUGAAUGAGCCGGCGCUCUGCAAGCGCAUCGGCGAUGCGUCCCCUGCGACAGAAGCCUACGUGGAACGCGUUCGAGGCGUGCACGACCAGGGUGGCUACGGGUCCCGCGGCUACGGCUAUGCCUGGGAUCAUACCGAAGCGAUGCGUAAUGUUCUGCGGACGCACACGACUGCAAUAUCAGCCCGGAUGCUGUACCGAAUGGCCCGGGAGUUGCAGGAUGGGAGGACAGAUGCGUCGAACUUUGCACGGCGAAUGUUCUCCAUCGAUCGGGUUUUCAGAAAUGAAACCCUGGAUGCCACCCACCUGUGUGAGUUCCAUCAGGUCGAGGGUUGGGUCGCGGGGCCAGACCUCUCUCUUGCGGAUUUGAAAGGAAUAAUCUCUCAAUUUUUCCGACGAAUCGGCAUGCACCGACUGCGCUUCAAGCCGACGUACAAUCCCUACACCGAGCCUUCUAUGGAGAUCUACGCGUAUCAUGAAGCUCUGGGACGUUGGGUUGAGAUCGGAAACAGCGGAAUUUUCCGACCGGAGAUGCUUCAGCCGAUGGGAUUACCCCCGAAUAUUCAGGUCAUUGCCUGGGGCCUGUCGCUCGAACGUCCAACCAUGAUCCUCUAUGGACUCAGCAACAUUCGCGACCUAUUUGGUCACCGUGUAUCCCUGCAGACCAUUCGCGACAACCCCAUCUGUCGCCUCGGGUGGUGA